UUUAAACUUUUCUGAUCAGGGGAGGCGGCAACUAGAAAGACAAGAAAAAAAAGAUGCUGAAGAACGUGAGAAGGAAGAAAAGCGUCUGAAACGUAGGGAAGAACAGCGCAAAAGAGAAGAGGGAAGAGGAAAUGAACGUAGAAAGAAAGAAGAGGAAAAACGCAAGAAGAGGAAGAAAAAUUGCAAAAAGAACAAGAAAAGAAAAGGGAAGAAGAUUUAAAAAGCCAAAGAGAAGAAAAACAACGUGCAGUUUUGUUAGGAUUUCUUGUGAAAUCAGAAAGCAAAAAGGAAAUCAAUACCGUCUCUGGUACAGACUGUGGACCAUUUAUACAAUUUGAAGUCAGAAAAGAUAUGAGAAUGGCUUCUUUGCACAGAAUGUCACAGGCUUUACUUUCCUCAAAACAAGGCAACAUAGAAAACUUACGACAUGCAUGGGUAAACGGAAACGAUAAAGAUGCAACAUCAUCACUUGGGUUACUUAAAUUCGGACGUACUAACUACCUUCAUGAACUACGAACAGGACAGAUAUUACCAUUAUCCUACCCAAGUACUUGGCCAAUUGAACCUCCCGAAGUCCAAUAUCUUGGAGAUAAUAUCUAUCCUGUUAUAAACUCGGUCGCUUUAAAACAACACGGUAAUCGUGGCAGUGGUGGAACAGUAUGGCUACGUGCAAAGUUAUUUCAAUUCGUUGAAAAUUAUCGACCUGCAUAUUAUGGUACAUGGCGACGUCGUAGUCGUAUUGUUACUGGUCGUAGACCAUUUGCUCGUGAUGAUUAUCAACUUGAUUAUUCCAUCGAUUCAGAUGAUGAAUGGGAAGAAGAACCUGGUGAAAGUAUUACACAGUCUGAUAAUGAAGAUGAAGAAGACGAGGAUGAGGAAAAGGAUGGUGAUGAAGAUGACGAUGAUCAGUUCUUUGUUCCACAUGGUUAUUUAUCUGAUGAUGAAGGUGUGGCUGCAGAAGAAAGUGAAGGUCCGAUCCCUGAUGAAAUGAAGCAGUUGCGUCAACGGUUAUCUGUUGCAGAGUAUGAAGCAGCUCAUCGUCGUGGACUUCAACGUUUAAAACCAUUAUUACUAGGACCUUUAUGGUUGCCUGAACCAGUUGAACGUUGUAUGCCAAGCAGUAACGCAACUACUAAUAAUACUACUAGUGCUGCCACUAAUAAUAAUCAUUUCGAAGAGAAUAAAGAAAACAUCGAAUUACCGGAAAGAUUUAUUCUCAGUAAGCAGACCAAUGAGAAAACUGAAUCCCAAUUAAUGAAAUCUGUUUUAAGCGUCUAUCGCGUGCAUUUAUGGACAAUAAAUUUUCCGAUUUCUGUUAAACCAGAUAUUGUUGCCACUACUACGACUUCAAGAAGACCGAAAAAAUCUGUCCCAGAAGAAGCGAUGGCGUAUUUUAUUCAACUUGUUCAUCGAAGUCCUUUGGGAAAGCAUAAAUUAGCUUUUGAGUUCCGUGUUUUUUGGCAUCGUCAUACUACUGGCAUCCUACCAGAAUGCUUACAAUAUAUGGAAUAUAAAAAAUAUAAUGCUUCUGCAGUGGGUUCAUCAGUCUCACGUAGCGGUCUUUUUGUAUUAUCUGGUCCAGUUUGGGAUAGUUUACCAUUAAGUCAAUCACUUGUGUUAUCCAAAUUAUCUCAGAUCGCGGUUUUCACUGAGGGAAGGUGGAUGGUUAACUUAGAAAUACUUCAGAAAUAUGCUUCGCGUCUUUGUAAUCUGUGCAAUAUUCAAGAAUUAAGUGGUGGUAUUGCUAGUAGUUUGGACAAAGUUGAUAAAGAUUAUUUUAAUAAUUUCGUAUUUCCUCCAUGGGAAUAUUUAACAGAUGUAGCGGUAACUAAUAUCAGAGUAAAUCGCGGUGCAUCAAUAACUAGUCGUCGAUCUCUAGAAGUACCACAAUCACAAUUACAAACAACUGUAGAUCGUUUACAUGAACCGCACAAAAAUGUAAUGACUAUCAAUAAUUCUCAAGUUGUUUUAUUGCAGCCUCUACAAUCUUCGGAUGUUGUAGUAUCAAGUAAGCAAACUGAUAAGGAAUUAUCAAUUCAUAAGAAUGAACAAUUGUCUCAAUCUAAAAAAACUCAUUUAUCUGAAAAAGACAUUAAUUUAUCGGUUAACAUAAGUCAGGCGAACUGUUCUUCAAAAGUGACUACUACUAUUGCUUCUACUGGUUCGUCUCAUAUUCCACGUCGAAGAAAAGGAGUUACUAACAAAAUUCUCACAAGUGAGAAAGACACUCCUUCGUCUGUCAAUAACAGUAAAGAAAACUGUUCUUCUCCGAAAGUGACUACUACCACUGGUUUAUCACAAACUCCAGGUCGAAAAAGAGUAACUUUGGAUUCAUUCCUUAUACCACCUGCAAAACGAUCAAACGUUAAUUUAUCUUCUGAAAUUCAGUCAGAUUAAGAUUGUGUUAUUUUAGACUCAAAAUGAUAAUAAUUUCACUCUCACAAUAUAUAUGUAUAUUGUUUGAAAAUAUUUGUGAAUUGUCUAGGAAAUAUAUAGCUUAUGUGUGCAUACCUGAGUAUUUAAGUUUUUCGAGACCGUGUUUUGUUUAGGGUGAUUUAACCCCUGCUUACCUCAUUACCAUUUCAAUCUUCUCUUAUUCCAUAAUAAUUGUCUACUCUCUAAUCUUUGUAUAAAAAUUAGUUUAAAGGGAUGCAUGCUGAAAUCCAUAUUCCAUAAGUUCUUUCCGUUAUUUUUUUGGCAACAUAUGAAACUAUGAAGUACAGUUAGAUAACUGAAAUAUCUUCUUUAUCUUCUCUCUCCCUCUUCACAUAUACUGUUAUAUUAGAAAUUUUUGUAAAGAUUUCACCGAUUGUUUAUACAUAUUUCAUUAUUUUGAAGACAAACAAAAGUAAAGUAUGAUAGACUAUUAUUGUUUUUCUUCUCUCUGUGACCAAUAUGUACUUCACAUUAUCAUCUAUUUUUGUAUAUUUAUGUGUAUUUAUGAUCAGCCAAAAAUAUGUUUCUUUAUUCAACAACUUGUAGAUGUUUUUUUCGAA